CCCCCUCCCCCUCCCCUCCAAGACCUGACAUUCUCUCUAAAAACUACAGUUUGUAGGAAGAGAAAAAACCUCCGUUUGCUACAGUAAUGGCGGACGAAAUUGCCCUCAGCUUUUCACCAGAACUACCGAACUCUCCCACCUCUCCUUAGAUUCUAUCAACUGUCAAAGAUCCUGUCCCCUCUCUGACCGUCCCUCCGCCUAUCUCCGAUCCCUUUCUCUCUCUACUUAUACUGCUUGUUAGCCAUUGAAGUGAUUUGAACUGGUUUCGAAGAAACACUCACACACACAGAAAAAAACAUAUAGAUGGAUAGAUACAGAGAAGUGUAUGUAUAGGAGGUAUAGAUGGAUUUGGUGGAAGGAGUUGGAGAGAGUUCGUCACCGCCUCGGAGUUUUGGGACUUGUAGCAGUAGUUGUGAUAUAAGGAACGAUGUGUACAAUCGUUUGGUAGAGAGUGGGAACGAAGAGGCAGUUGGUCCUGAGUUCCGUGAACUGUUGGAUGCUCAUUUCAAUCGCUUGCCUGCGAGUUAUGGAUUGGAUAUUAAUAUGGAUAGAGUGGAUGAUGUAAUAUUGCAUCAAAAGCUUCUUGCUGUGGCAAAGGAUCCCGAAAAACGACCUGUUUUCCAUAUCCGCUUUUUGGAGAAUUUAUGGGCUAGAGCAGACGGUUAUGAUGACCAACAAGCUCUAAGUUUUCUUUCCACCGCAAGGCCAUGUGUCAUUGAAGAUAAUGAAGGAGUUGUGCCACCACAUGACAGAAGCAGGAAUUACGAGAUUGACUUUGAACCUUGCACUAAGCUUGAGGACUUAAAUUUGGAUGUUAGAAAGAAUUCCGGUGAAAUGGAGAGGGACAUUCCUGCAGAAGAUUUUCCCAGAAGGCAGGAAGUUUCCCAUAUACCAAUUCAUGAAGUGAUAUUUUCCACUAUUGACAAGCCCAAGCUCCUUAGUCAGCUUUCUGCUUUGCUUUCUGACAUAGGACUUAACAUUCGUGAAGCACACGUGUUUUCAACAACUGAUGGCUAUUCUUUGGAUGUAUUUAUGGUGGAUGGAUGGCCUGUCGAGGAUGCUGAGGGUUUGUAUGAAGCUAUGAAGAAAGCAAUUGCUCGAAGUGAGGGGUCCUGGUCGGGUUCUUUACCUUCUCAUUCAGCAGUGGAGAAAGCAUUGGCGGCACAGGCAAAACCCGAAGACUGGGAAAUAGACAGAAGAUUAUUGAAGAUAGAGGAAAGAAUUGCAUCAGGAUCUUGUGGAGAUUUGUAUCGUGGAGUGUAUCUGGGUCAGGAUGUUGCUGUAAAGAUUCUUAGGUCGGAGCAUUUGAAUGACACUUUGGAGGACGAGUUUUCUCAGGAAGUGGCCAUCCUAAGGGAGGUUCAACAUAGAAAUGUUGUUCGCUUUAUUGGUGCAUGUACGAAAUCGCCUCAUUUGUGCAUAGUUACAGAGUACAUGCCUGGAGGAAGCCUGUAUGAUUAUUUGCAUAAGAAUCAUAUUGUCUUGGAGCUACCACAAUUGUUGAAGUUUGCAAUAGAUGUCUGCAAAGGAAUGGACUACUUGCAUCAAAACAAAAUAAUUCAUAGGGAUCUGAAGACCGCAAAUUUGCUUAUGGAUACUCACAAUGUUGUUAAGGUGGCAGAUUUUGGUGUUGCCCGGUUCCAAAAUCAAGGUGGUGUGAUGACAGCAGAGACUGGGACAUACAGAUGGAUGGCCCCUGAGGUUAUAAAUCAUCAGCCAUAUGAUCAGAAAGCAGAUAUAUUUAGUUUUGGUAUCGUGUUGUGGGAGCUUGUGACAGCCAAGGUUCCAUAUGAUUCCAUGACGCCUUUACAAGCUGCCCUUGGAGUGAGACAGGGACUUCGACCAGAUCUUCCCCAGGAUUCGCAUCCCAAGCUGUUAAAAUUGAUGCAGAGAUGCUGGGAAGCUAUACCUGGCAACCGCCCUUCCUUCUCUGAGAUAGGAGUUGAACUUGAAGAACUCCUUCAUGAAGUUCAGGUAAAACCCUUAGUUCUUUUUAUCAUUUCUAUUUGUCCUCCUGUUCAUUGUACAUGCAGCAUUGUGAAAUGUAUAUCACACAGGACACUUCGGAAGCACCAAAUAGCAGCUGAACAUAUUCAGCUUGUAAUAUCUCAAACGGCACAUUUUGACAGUAAGAAGUGAGCAUCUUUUGUUCUGCCCCUCCCCCCUUUUUUUUUUUUUU